AUGUGGUUUCGAUGCUAUCACAGUAAUAUGUACCCUAUUAAAACAAUUCUGCAUUUGGAUAAUGGUAAUGAAGUGUUGGAUACUAUAGACCACAUUCAAGAACCAAAUGCUCAUAGCACUCUAUUGGAGUCAGCUCAUCCUAGUAGAAAUGUAUCAUUGUCUGCAUCUCAUAAAACUUGCCCAUCCGGUGAAUGUUCUAAUAAUAUUGGAGAUAUUAGUCAUUUACCACGCACCCCUCCUGUACCAGGGACUUAUACAAUCCCAUCUUUAAUAAAUAAGUCUGUUGGAACCAAUGAUGAAACUGAGAAUAUAUUUGGGAUGAUAAAACUUAGUGCCAGUGAUGUUUGCUAUACUAAUGGAACUAUAGAGUGGGUUGGAAGGAAGAGAAGUUAUCCAAUUAAUAGUGGAUUUAAAAUUCUUAAAGAUAACAAAAUUUUUCAUGAUGAGCCUGUCUUGAAAAAAGUAAGAAAAAUUAAUAGGACCUUUACAAUUGAAAAGUUUAAAGAAUGUGACUGUGCUGAUGUGUUACCAACUGUAAAUGCUAUUGUUGACCAUCUCAAUGCACUUCAUGAAGCAGUUGAUAUAGUAGAUCUGAGAUUAAAUACUCUUGAAGAUGUUAUUGGCAGGAAUGAAUAAUCUUAUAAUUAAUAUAGAAAUUUAUUGAUGUAAAUAUUUAAAAGACUAUUGUGUGUAUUUACUUAAUAUAAACUUGUCUAAAAGACAAUAUUCAAUUUAAAAAAUUUAAAUAACAGCCUUAUUACAGUUGCCUUUGAUUAAUAUGUGAUUAUCGUUGCAUUUAAAGAAACCACCAGAAGAGUAUUUCAUUCUUAAAAUUACAUUUACACUUGAAUAUGUACAUAAAUAGAAAAACUAAUU